AAAAAACGACUCGCUUCCCCUAUAAAGUGCGCAAGCGCAGUUGCCGUAGCCCAGAGGCACUAUGAAAGUUCACGUCCACCAGGAAGAAGGAAGCUUGUGUGAGGCCUACCUGACUUUAUAGGACAAUUCUGAGAGCAUGCCUUCUGGGUUUGACGCAACCCAGCGACUAUCCAGGACUGGGAAAAGCCUCUAUGCAGUGCUGGAACUAAAGAAGGGUGCUGAUACUGAAGACAUCAAAAAAGCCUACAGGAAACUGGCCUUGCAAUAUCAUCCAGACAAGAAUCCAGAUAACCCUUUAGCAGCAGAAAUCUUCAAAGAGAUCAACGCAGCCCAUGCCAUACUCUCUGACCCUACAAAAAAGAAGAUCUAUGAUCAGCACGGCUCACUGGGAUUAUACCUGUAUGACCAUUUCGGUGAAGAAGGUGUCCGGUUCUAUUUUAUAGUGAACAGUUGUUGGUUCAAGACACUUGUUAUCCUUUGUUGCCUGCUAACUGGUUGUUGUUGUUGCUGCUGCUGCUGUUUAUGCUGUGGUAGACUUAAUCCAUCAGCUGAGGAAGAAGGCGAGAAUUGCCAAAUGAAUGUCUCUUCUCAGCCUUCAAGAUCAAGAGCACAAGUUAUUGAAGAAGAGUAUUAAGACGUGACGAUAAUUAAGGAACUGUGAAGAGGAAUGGGGCGCUGGCCCAGCAAGAGUCCCCUGACACUCAGCCCAUUGGAUACAUUGAAGAGAGAGGCAAGCAGCCCUGUCCCGACACUGACCCAGAUUUGACUCCUGUUCUUAAAAGCAAUCCCUGCUUCAGACGCUAUCAUGACGUCCGUCCUUGUAAGGACAUCUCUGCCCUCCACAGUGCCACAAGGCCUGUCCCCACAGAACCUGUGGGUUCUGGCUGCUUUUCUGUUUAGCUCUGGCUCCAUUCCUGUCUUUAUCCACAAGCGCUUUCAAGCCGAGUUGGCAGCUGUUCGCUGAGUGGGUGCAGCUUUCUCCAGUUGGUACCUGAGUCAAUGUCGGGUAGGCCCCUGAGCACUUACCAAUAACUUCACGAGGAUCCUGAUCACCAAACAAAGUGGCUCCCAUCCCAAGAGCUGUUGCACCAAUUAAUCCUCCUCUGUUGGAACUUUCAGCACCAGCCUCAUUUCUUUGCAACACCUUUGGAAGGCUGGUCUCACCAUCUUCUGGUACCUACACAACUGGCACCGACACGGCAUUCAUAAGACAGCUUGGGAAAUUUGUAUUUGUGGCUUCCCCUUCGACUUCAGCUCCAUCCUUAAACCCAUUGUGGAUUUGGUCCUGUGGACCGGCUGCAGUCCAUGUUCCAGUCUUGCUGCUUCUGUCCCUCAAGAAACUUCACGCAGAGUGAUCCCCUUAUAUCUUGUUCUUAACACAGGGAUGUGAAAUGUGAUGGGACAGACUGUACACAGGAGACCUCACUUAGCCUUUUGGAGCUGUUGGCUUGGUAUCUUCUCAGAAUCCCGCUUUAUCGUUUCUUUCUUACCUAUGUAGGACCAGGGCCUAGGAACCAUCAAACCUCUCUGUAUUCACUGGGAGAAAGGCUAAGAAAUGUCAAUAAUAAAAAAGAGCUUUGUCCAAUU